AUGUCCCUGCAGCCGGGCAUAUUCGAGAAUGAAGAAGGAGAGAGGAACCUCCCCUUCGGGGACGACCAGAACACGCCGUUUUAUGCGACAUCCAAAGGAGAUCGAUCUGACGGGACCGAAGGUGGCGGCAGCAGCAAGGAACUGACUGUGGAGAUCGAUGCAUCUACACUGAGCCCUCAAGACUUUCCGAAUUCUCACGUCCUCUUGACCUGGGAAGGCACUCAUACCAUCGCAUGGCAACUCGACCCUUUGGAUGCUGUAGUCGUGAACGCUACUUGGCUGGGCUACAAAGACGAUAAAGGCACCGUUGGCCCCAUCAUGUCUGCGAAAGAUCCCUGGCCAUCGAUGCCGAAAUCUCUCAUGCAGCCUGGCAUGAAGCGCGACGCAUCCGGAUUGCAGUUCCAGCAAGACAAACCCACAAUUGUCUUGUCGGUAAACGAUACUAAGGUGACUGAAUAUUUUACCAGGGAUAUGUUCCUCGUGCUCGGGUGGCAAAAGAAGGUUAACGAUGCCAUCGUUGGAACUGGCUACACCCAAAGCGGUCUUUUCACAGUCUACAACGGCAGUGCGAGCGACAGCGACGAGGUAUACGUCCAAAUGAGGAACAGAAUCAUGGCAAGGGUCGACCAGAAAGGUGUUGACUUCACUGGUCAAGAUAUCAACAGCACCUCGUCCUGGUUCCCGCCCAGCUCUAGCGUCAUACCAUCGACGACUUCCGCGACCUCCGCGACUACCGUGAAACCAUCGUCAACAUCUGUAUCCGGCAGCGAAAACGGUAACAACAAGAGCGGCAGCGACAGCGGCGGCGGCGGCGGCGGCGGUGGUCUUGCCCCGGGCGCUAUCGCAGGUAUCGUCAUCGGAGCUGUAUUCGGCGUUGCCAUCAUCGCCUUCUUGAUCUGGUUCCUCCUCCGCAGACGCCGCCGCCGAGCAGACCACGCCCAGAACGGCGGCUACGGCCCCGGCGGUCCCCACGAGUACCUCGCCGACAAGGAGACCCACGCCCGCGUCGUCGAGUCCCCUCACUCUCCCUACUCCGACGACGGCCAGGCGCAGCAGCACCAGUCAUCACAACGUCACCUCAACGAUAUCGGCCAGGAGCCCAUAGCCGCCGCCGCGAUCCCCGCCUCCUCCGCCAACAACAGCCCGAUAGAACACCACCACCGUCCCCCCUUCGCACCCUACAACGAGCAAGAGCACACAUCCGUCGCCUCACGUUCGCUAGACAACGUCAACUCCAACCUCGAGGGCGCCAGGUCGUCCACGCCAAACGUUAACUCAAAUGUGUCUCAUCUCAUCGAAGACGGCAUGACGGAGGACGAGAUCAGGCGGCUUGAGGAAGAGGAGAGGGCACUGGACGCGGCGAUCGAGCAGGCCGGGCAGGGAGGUCAGCGUCGGUAG